UUUGUUUUGUUGUUGCUUUUUUAUGAAUUUAUCAUACGUAUAUGGCCUUUUUCUUCUAAUUUUACAGUUACCGCUCGCGAAAGCAACAUUCAUUGCCGGCAUUAAGCAGCGUAGCGUCUAGCAUAGCAACCCGGACCAUGUCGGCGUUUGGGACGCAAGCGGGCGCGGCUACUGAGUUUUUGGCUUUAAAAAUCUGAAAUAAAAAACAGGAUAUGGAACAUGUUUUGCAUAUUAAAAUAAUUUCAUGCAAUUUUAUAAAAUUAGUAUAAAAGCCUGUUGCUUCGAGCCAGUUGCUAACAUUAUUGGUUUUGGGUUCAUCACAGUUUUUUCUAUUUCGCACUCUCGCUUUUGUUUCAUAUUUUAAAUUCUUUCUUACCCGAAAAAGAAAUUAAAAAAACACACAACGCACAAAAUGGUUAAAAUUUUCGUUAUUUUCGCUUGUCUCGUCAUCGCUGCUGUCUCAGCUGCACCAACCGAAGAGCCAGAACGUGAGGUUGUAGCAAUUCUUAAGUCCGAGAUUAACAAGUACAAGGAUGGUUCAUAUGAUUUGCACUACGAAAGUGGUGAUGGCACCGUCCGUAAGGAGGAAGCCAGCGUAGUCGAUGAAGGUACCGAAGAUGAAGCACUCGAAGUUAAGGGCUCCUACAAAUACAUCAACUCCGAGGGUGAAGAAGUCGAAGUCUUCUACACUGCCGGCAAAAAUGGUUUCGUACCCUACAGCUCAAUCAUUAAUUCUGAGAUAUCAGCUGUAGCCGAGGCUGCCAAGGACUUGCCCAAGGAAGAGAUUGUAGAGCCAAAACAGAAAACUGUCAACGUCUAAGGAAAAUGUAACAAUAAAAAAACAUAAUAAUGAUUACAGAUUUUAACAAAAAUUUAAUUAAAAUAUAUGGAGAAUUGUAAAGGGAGAAAGGAAGAGCGGGUGAUGGUUCUAUUAGUCAGUUAAGUGAUAUGAUGUGAACGACAAGAAUUGACACUGUUAUGAAUAUCUUAGCAUAAAUUUAUUUUACAUUUACAAAUAAGUAUGAUCUGUACUAUAUGCUAAAGCGAUGAGCUAAAAUAUAUAUGUAUAUGCGUAUCUAGGCAUAAGUUAUGAGUAUGUCCCCAAAUUAUAUAAUAUGUACAUUCAAGCAGCGACACCCGAAGUAAAGAUAAACCGAAAAAGAAA